AUGAAUUGUCAUUGUAGUUCAAUGGGUGAUCGUCUUGCCAUCAAUAAAGCUUCGACAAGUCUUCAAAGAAUUUUGUCCAUCACAGAGUUUCCAGAAAUUCAUGUGGAGAAUGUUCAGUUGACAGAGUAUAAAAAUGGUGAAAUGAUUGAAUUUCAACAACAGGACUUUGAUGAUCUUAGAGAACGUGCAUUAAUCAGUAAUACCAAAUUUGAAGAUGAUCAAUUUUCCGUAGAUUCAUUGAAUGCAUCUUACCAACUUUUGAGACCCAUGGAAAUUGUAGAUAAUCCAGUGUUUUAUUUACCACAAAAUAACAACUGUUUUUAUGUAAGACAAGGAGGACUUGGUGAUUGCUGGUUCAUAGUUGGACUUGUACACCUUCAAUAUUAUCCAAAUUUAUUUAAAUUCAUUGUCCGGCCAUACGAGCAGACAUUCGAUCUUAACAAUUAUGCUGGAAUAUUUCACUUCAGAUUUUGGCAAGCUGGUACAUGGGUUGACGUUGUCAUUGAUGAUCGUCUUCCAACUUGGGAAAAAGAACUAGUUUAUGCAUCCUCAGGAUAUCCCAACGAGUUUUGGCCAGCAUUAAUUGAAAAAGCUUACGCAAAAUUACUUUAUCGAUCAUACGAAAAACUCCAAGGUGGUUUUUCUGCAAUAUCAAUGCAAGAUUUAUCAGGUGGUAUAUCUGAAACACACCCAGUAGGACUUGGCCCACCAAACAUUUUAUUUGAAAUUAUUUAUCAUGCAAAAACAAGAUUGACAAUGAUAGGUGCUGCAACUAAUAAUGAAACAGACACAAGUCAAUUUGGUCUUCUACUUGGUCAUUCUUAUGUUAUUACAGGUGUAAAAAAAGUAACUGGAAUAAAUGUUAAUCAUGAAUUUAAGCUAUUACAUAUUUACAAUCCACAUGGUGAAUCAUCAGAACGUUAUUUUGGAGAAAUAGGAAAUUUAUUUUCUGAAGAAACUAUCAGGUCCCAAUUAAAUAUCAAAGAAAAUUUAUGGGAAGAAUGA